CCGAGCCAGUAUCUUCUUCUUAGGUCCGGAUUGUGUACCCUGAUAAUAUCCAGGGCCAACUCCCCCCCCGUGCAUGUCAAUGAAUUAUAUUCUCUUGGCCUGGGCACACCAACUACCAUGGAGGAAACCAUUGCAGUCCAUGUGUCCCGCUCCCUUGCCGCCUUUCGGGGGCUUUUUGAGCCAACGAGGGUGCUCAACUUCCCGGAGCCGUGGAUCCAGCGCAAAAUCCAGGAUGAACAAACGAAGUUCAAGGUGUGGGCUGGCAACAUAGGCGCACACAAGACUGGCACCGGAUCCCUGGACUACCGGCUCAGAGAUGCCUCCCCGAUAAAAGACCAAGUCAUAGAACUCCUGGGGGAACUGUGCGAUCUACUGAGUCAGGCCAUCGCAAUCGCCAGUGGAGAGAAGACGCCAUGGGAUCAGCUCGACGAUGAAGAAGAUGUCGAAGAUGACGAUACGGAUUCGCCGACCACAGAACUGGGUCAGAUUGCCACCGAGGGCGUGGCGGAUGUUGUCGAUUGUCUGCUCCGCCUCAGCAUGACCAUCAGAAACCCAGCACCGCACGACCGCUUCAUCACGUACCAUUUAGCUGACACGUCUUACUUUGAGCCCUUUGAUAUACAGCAUGUCCAGGCGAAGUUCUCAUCGGUUGAGCCGUGGCUUGCGGAGAGACUGGGCAAGGCGACCUCAAGGAGACGGCAAUACUUCCGAUAUCGAGAAUCUCACCAUGUCAAGCUGUCACAAGGAGUCGACGAUCCGGAUCCGACCCCGAAGGAAUGCAAUGAUACGAUUGCGUCUUCGAUUCCCACCCAUUUGAAGGACAAGGGCAAGCAGCCGACCAUUCUAGAAGAUGACCGUUCCGACGCCGGAGCGUCUCAAACCUCAUAUGCUACCUCCGCUGCCGACGAAGGGGCGCUGCGGGUCCCGCCCUUGCCGGAGGUGGCCCAUGAGGGACCCUUCCAAUGCCCCUUUUGCUAUGUCAUAAUCGUGGCCACAGACAGAGCUGCAUGGAAAAAACAUGUCUACUCCGAUCUUCGUCCGUACAUCUGUCUCGAAAAGGAGUGCACGGCUUCCAACGCCGAACAAGAGUUCUCGCGACGGCACGAAUGGAUGAACCACGUCCAGCAGAACCAUUGGAACACCUACCCGUGCUUGUUCGGCUGCACCUCCAUCUUCAGCUCCCCUUCGCGGUUCAAAGACCACCUUGCCAACGCCCAUCCAGACUCCGUCUCACAAGGCGGCGCCGAUGCUCUGGUCAAGCUCGCAGCCCAACCACUAGACAUCAAAGAGGGAAUCCCCUGCCCCAUCUGCGGUGACGCCGAAAUCUUGACAUCCGCUAACCAAUACCGGCGGCACGUGGGCCGACAUCAGGAGCAGCUGUCGUUAUUUGCUUUGCCCAAAAGUGCUACGGAUGAAGACGGGGAAAUCGAAUCAGACGACACUGCUGACGGCAGGAGUCUUGAUCUUUCUUUUACACGAGGGGAACCUGCCUCCGAAGGCGAGGCGGUUGAAGCCGCCUCGUCCAAUGGUUCCAGUAACGGGGUAUCUCGCCAAUCCUUUAGUCCCAGAUACACCCAGUCAGGCAGCUGGGCAUUGGAAGGCAAUGAGGAUGCAGGUGAUGAAGCCCUACGCCGUGAUCGCUCUCGGCUGGACCUGGAGGAAGACGAGAUCGAGAUAACGGUCCGAGACCGCGAGAGACCUCCGUCUCUGCCAGAUGGGGAUAAGACCAGAAUGUCCGAACCCCUGGAUGACACUCUACCGGAUGAGAUUGACGGGAACGGUCGUAAAGGCAAACAGGCAGAGCAGAUCUCUUCUGGCACCGGCGACGACGAGCGGCACGGCGCGACUCGAUCUCGCGUCGAUCAAUCUCCCAAGCCAAACCGCAGCCGCUCAGAUUCGGAAGAGUUGUCGGAUCUGGACGAAGAAGAAAGAUUUAUCCUCGGAGACGUUAAUGGCCACACCGAGCGUGAUUUUCAAGAGUUUAUACGACCGAUUCGUGCGGAACGGAGGGGCGAACGAUCGACCUUUGGCGAAAUCAACGAGGAGGAUCACGAGAUGAUGGGGCGGAUAAUUGAGGGAGAAGCCAUAGAGGCUGUUAAACCUAUCGCUAAGAGGAAUGCUGAGGCGGACAAUCAAGAGAAGGAACCGUUACCCCGAGGUCCGUCACGGUUGGAAACGAACAUGGAUGAGAUCGGAAGAGAUGAGUCAACAGAGAGGUCAGAGGGGGGACUGGACCCGGCGGCCCCAAAGCCCAGCCGGGAGGAGAGGUAUGCUAAGCCCAGAGACCCUCGUUUUCGCGGGCUCGAGAAACUUCUUCUUCACGUCGAGCGCCAGGAGAAGUGGUCCGCUGAAGACAAGGCGCGCAAGUGGCCUCACACAAUCGAGGAGGUUAAUCGUGAGAUCGAGGAAAUCCAACGCCGCGCCAAGCUGGAGAUCCCGUGGCUUGCUGAACUGGACGCGGGCAAGCGGCCUCUCACGGAGGAGCGUUCUGAACCCGGUCCGUCGAGCAGCAAGAUCGACCAAAGAAAAAGAUAUAACCUCGGAGACGUCAACAGCAGCGACGACACUACGGACCUAGACGAGAAUGAGUAUCAGGAAUAUCUUCACAAGCGGCGUGAGGAACGGAGGCAAAAACGAAUGGCCUCAGGCAGCGUCAACGAGCGCGCCUUUGUCGAAUCCGAAGAGGAGGAUAACGAGACGGCGGGGCGGACAAUCGGGGGAGAAGGCAGAGAGUUUGUUAAGCCUAUCUCUAAGGGGAAUUCUGAGACGGACAACCGGGGGAAGGAGCCGCCACGCCCAGAUGUGCCACGGUUGGAAGCGAGUAGGUAUAAAACCAAAAGCUACAAGCCGACAGAGAGGCUUGAGAGGGAGAAGAGGGGGGGAGAAGGGCUACGCCGUGCGCAUUUAGACUCGGAGCAAAUUACAGAGAAUGAUGAUUUGGGGCAGAGACUCGAGAAGGACAGGCAAACGGAUGACAAGUUACGCCACGCUGGAGCGGGGGCGCGAACAAAGUGGUUCCUUGGAGGGCGUGAGGUAACACAGGAGCUUGGAAAGCCGGAGGACCAGGAAAAGGAAGAGGAGCUUCGUAGGAGGUUCCAUGGGGCCGCGAAACAAGCCAUAUCGGCACUCCGAGGAGGAAAUGGCGAUGAGAUUGAACAAGGAGAGGGACAGGGCGCAAAGGAACACAGCCGUGAGGGUUUGGAUUCGGCAUAUAUUAGACUAGCAGGGAAGGCCGUGGAGCAGCACAGGCGAGAGAGUGACGAGGGAGAGGAGAGAGAGGAGGGGGAGGCGUUGGCUGGGUACGAAUCCCCGAGCGAAGACGUAGUGCAACUGGGCAGUCCGAACAUGGACGAACUGAUGGGGGCCGUCAGGGACGCAGAUGAACGCCAACGGCAACAGGGACUAAUGGAGGUCAACACGACACCCAAAGCGCCGCUCCACAUCUGCAAGAUUUGUAGCCCACCCAAGGCGUUCACUCGAGGCGACCAUCUAAGACGCCAUCAGCUAAGUCAUGGUAUCCCGCCGUUCACAUGCGAGUGGUGUGACAAGAGCUUCCAUCGAACCGAUUUACUCGAGCGGCAUCGAGAGAGACAGUAGGUGGAAUAUACAUAUAUAUUCGUCUAUUGCGGCAUGGUCCUCGGACAACCUUUACUAACAAAAUCUCAGCUCUUUGUGGCCAGGCCUAAAACCCUCACAGCAACGCCCGCAGCCUUCCACGGCAACAUCCGCCAGGGGGGACGAGGACACGAAGGGGGCUGACGAGUCAGCCGGCGACCUGCCCCUAUCGGCCGGAUAUCUGGUGGGGGUGGGCGGACCACAUACGAAAGAGGCGUCGGAUGGAGACCUGCCUUACUC